UUACCCUCCCCAUCGAUUCCGCUCCUUCAAUUUGCCGACUAGGGUUACGGGGCCUUGAGUUUCGAGGUCGGUUCUGGAGCUGCGAGGAGCUUAGCACGGUUGCUGCCCUACUGCGUCUGAUUCGCCGGAGCUAGGGUUUCGAAAGAUUGAAUUUUGGAAGAGAUCGUUUGCUGGGUGUCGGGGAGACGCUUUCGAAUUCGGUCUGCCCAUGAGGGUUUUGGAUUUCUGAGCGAUUUUUUUAGCGCAAUGUCUUUUGCGGGACCAGAAGACAUCUUGCUCUCCACUUCCCUUGCUAGCUAUCUGGACAAAAAGCUUCUUGUGUUAUUACGCGAUGGGCGAAAGCUUCUAGGCAUUCUUCGUUCUUUUGACCAAUUUGCCAAUGUGGUUCUUGAAGGUGCAUGCGAGCGGGUAAUUGUAGGAGAUUUAUUCUGUGAUAUUCCUCUGGGUCUCUACGUGAUCCGUGGGGAGAAUGUCGUUUUAAUAGGAGAACUGGACUCGGAGAGGGAGGAGCUUCCAGCCCAUAUGAUCUGUGUUUCGGUUCCAGAGAUCAAAAGGGCACAAAAAGCUGAGAGGGAAGCCACAGAUCUCAAGGGCUCUAUGAGGAAGAGAAUGGAGUUUCUCGAUCUCGACUAGAUGAACUUUAUGAUCUGCAUUCUGUGUUCCAUUCUUCACUAUGAUGUGCUUAAAUUAUGCCGCAUUUUUAUCGCGGUUUGCUUCAAAGCAAGAAGCCCUAGUGUCAUCUUUAGUUGGAUUUGCAUGGUUGAAAGAUUAGGGUUUGGUGCAUUCCUUAAAAAUUGUAAUUUGUAUACUUGAAGCGUACACAAUUGCUCUCAUAUCGUCAUCGUCCUGUGGACGCCGUUUUGUUUGUCCCCAAGAUUAUAAUAAUGCCUUGCUGCAGUUAAGAUAGUUUCGAAUCAA